AUGGGUUUGGAGCCAACACCACCGUACGAAGAGGGCGGGUAUAAUCCUGCCCGUCAAGGGAGUUACACCCAAGUCCCGCAGAUCGAACUCGACGACAUUGAACGUCAAACACCAUCUUCCCAUCAACAUGGCCAUGCACCAGCACCGACCACAUCAGUGGUUACCACUCCCCAUGAACACUGUGAGACCUGCGAGAAGGCGAUAGUCCGUCGGGAGAGUAAGCGUGCAGACGCAUACUGCUGCCGGAUGGUGGCGUUGGUGUUUAUUGUUUUAUUCAUCUGUUUGACACUAUUGGGGAUUGUGAUUGCGUGGAGUCGACGGAAGUGA